AUGAUAUUUGGAAAACAAAGAUGGGCUUCACAUGAUAGACAAAAUUCCAUGUGUGCUACAUUAGAAUUUAUGUCACCUGAAAUUGUACAAGGGAGGGGCCAUGAUAAGACUGCUGAUUGGUGGAGUGUUGGAAUUUUAAUCUAUGAAAUGCUUACCAGAAAGCCUCCGUUUAGAGUUGUUACAGAAGGAUUCAAGCAGGCGACUUGGGAGUGGAGCAGAGAAAUAAAGCCAAGUUUUGUUCCACAAGUAGCUGGGAAGCAAUGUACUGUGAAUUUGAAGAGUGUUGGACAAAUUUGCCCCUGCUUCUGGAUUCCCCUGCUGCGAGUCCCAAAUGUGAUUAGAAUGAUUGGGGAGAGUGCAGAAGUUGUGGGUAGGAGCUCUGGAAACAAGAUGCCAACUCUAGAGGAAUAUGCAAGUGAUUUAACUAUUCAUCAAGUUGUGGACUUUUGGCUUCAAAAUACAUCCUCUAUUUCACACAAUUGCGAUAGGUUGAGACAUUUGGGUAUACUUCACGAUGCGGUUCCUCAUCAUGUUGAUAGAGUCGGGCAUCCUAUGCAUGUUAAGGUCUUGUUGAUGAGCAUAGUGUCAAGCAAAGUAGCUUAG